AUGUUUCGCCUCACACAUCCUCUGCGCCAGGCGCUCAAGCGCACAACAGGCAUUCAUGGCCUUGCCGUCCACCCAAACCCCCUGCCAGAGCUCGUCAAAACCUACGAAUCUACACUCGCGACUCUCUCGUCUAUCCCGCAAACAUCCGUCUAUCGACAGGGCGUUGAAGCGCUUGUGCGGCACAAACUGAACAUUGUAACAAACAAGGCGAACGGAGACAUUUCUCUGGCAGAGAAGCUGCUCAAGGAGGGCCACAUAGAGGAGUCGUUGGACAUUGCCGCAGACGAACUGUCGCUUGCUGCAAAGAUGGUGGAGUGGAAAGCAUGGGAACCCCUGGAGGAGAAGCCUGAACCUGGACAAUGGGAGUAUGUUGGACAGAGAGAGACCACCCCUUUAUGA